AUGGCCGCCCCGUGGCCCGGUGCACCGCCCGGCGCCGGACGGGCGGCAGAGCCCGCGGGCAGCGGCUCUCGCGGCGCGGUGCGUUGCCCCAGGCCGCCGCCCCGGGCUCCGAGCGGGGAGCCGCCGCCGCCGCCCCCCGACAGGAGAAAAAAGACAGACGGCAAGAUUUUGGAACUCCCAUCAAUUCCAAAUCCUUUUCCUGAGCUAUGUUGUUCUCCAUUUGCAUCAGUUUUGUCAGCAAGUCUGUUGCCCAAGGCAACUUCAAGAACUAAACAGGAUUGGGGUGAUGAGAAUUUAGACUUCAAGGAAUAUUGCAAAGUAUUUUGUUCUGUUUCAUGUUAUCACCUGAGUGAAGGUUGUCAAGUUCUAAGAAAAGCAGACAUGAGUUUGUCUUCAAGAAGAGUGACGUUGCCUGCAGUAAUGCCAAUAACUCUGCAGAAACGGGUAAUUAAAGUGUACAGCGAAGAUGACAGUAGCAAAACUCUGGAAAUCCCGAGUGAUAUAACAGCCAGGGAUGUAUGUCAGCUGUUGAUAUUGAAGAACCACUAUAUUGAUGACCACAACUGGACACUGUUUGAAGAACUUACUCAUACAGGCUUAGAAAGAGCUAUAGAAGACCAUGAAUUAGUGAUGGAAGUCCAGUCAAGCUGGGGGAUGGAAGAGGAAAGCAAAUUUUAUUUUAGAAAAAAUUAUGUCAAAUAUGAAUUUUUUAAAAAUCCCGUGAGCUUUUUUCCUGAUCAUAUGAUAUCUUUUUCAAGUGAGGCCAAUGCAGCUGUAAAACACUCUGGGAUAUUACAGAUGUUCCUAAGCUCCAGCACAUAUCCUGAGAUUCAUGGCUAUUUACAUGCAAAAGAGCAGGGAAAAAAAUCAUGGAAAAAAUUAUACUUUGUUUUGAGAAGAUCUGGCCUUUAUUUUUCCACUAAAGGUACAUCUAAGGAGCCAAGGCAUCUGCAGUUUUUCUGUGAAUUCAGCAAUAGUGAUAUAUACAUGUCUUUGACAGGCAAAAAGAUUUCUGGAGCACCAACAAGCUAUGGAUUCUGCUUUAAGCCUAACAAAUCAGGAGGAACCAGAGACCUGAAACAACUCUGUGCGGAUGAUGAACAAAGUAGGACCUGCUGGAUAACAGCAAUAAGGUUGUUUAAGUAUGGGAUGCAGCUGUAUCAGAAUUACACACAACCAUAUCAGGGUAGAAGUGGCUGCAGCCCUUUGAGUAUGACACCUAUGAGAAGUAUUUCUGAAAAUUCUUUAGUUGCAAUGGAUUUCUCAGGACACAGAAGCAGAAUUAUAGAAAAUCCAACGGAAGCACUUUCAGUUGCAGUUGAAGAAGGAUUAGCCUGGCGGAGAAGAGGGUGCCUACGACUGAACUCACAUUGUAGUCCUAUUGCCAUGUCUAACAUGGCUAUUCACAGAUCUCAGUCAUGGUUUCAUCACAAAAUCUCUAGAGAUGAAGCUCAGAGACUUAUUUUACAGCAUGGGCUUGUAGAUGGGGUGUUCUUGGUACGUGAUAGCCAAAGUAAUCCCAGAACAUUUGUACUGUCAUUGAGUCAUGGAUUAAAAAUAAAGCAUUUUCAAAUUGUACCUUUGGAAGAUGAUGGGAAGCUGUUCUAUACCCUUGAUGAUGGUCAUACCAGAUUUACAGAUCUCAUCCAGCUAGUGGAAUUCUACCAACUUAAUAAAGGAGUGCUACCUUGCAAGUUAAAACACUAUUGUGCGCGAAUUCCUCUUUAACCAAAGCAUCUGUUGCUUCAUCAAACGAAAGGGAAGAUACCAGAAUACUUUUUCUCCUCAAGGCAGUUUGUGUAGUCAGAAGGGUAAAAAUGUUACAUUUAAAGAUUCAAAGUUUUAGCUACCAAAAAGUGUAAAGUACAUUCAAUAUAGAUAAGAACUUUGUGAUUGUCAAAGCAAAAUAACUCCACCGUUUUAAAAUAUAUUAUUUCCUAUGUAAUUCUUUAGUGUUGUCUCAGACUUUUUUCUUUUUUCCCAAUGUAAAAGUUUUUUUUUGUUUUUGUUUGGUUUUUUUUUUUUUUAAUUAUAUUGUGUACCUUCUACCAAAAUAUAACUGAAGAGAAGUUCUUUGUUCUUAGGGUUUUUUUUUUUUGUCUUUUCAAAUGUUUCUUAUAGUUUCUAUUCAUCACAUAGAAAAAGAAAAUUUACUGUGGUAAGGAUAAGCUGAACUGCACAUUUUACUUGUAAAUAAAAUGAGUAAAUAUUUUGCAUUAUAUUUUUGAAUUCUACUUUGAGGAUUAUCAUUCGAAAAGCAAAAAAUCAUUAAAAUUACUUAUAACUGGUUGGCUGUAUUCAAUUGUGCUAUUAUUUAAAAAUUAUUUUUGUCCAACCUAAUGACUACAUUGACACCUUUAUACAAAGAUGGAACAUUUUUUCCUUGGUGGUGACUUGUAUAAAUAUGAAUAAAGAGGUACACCUACAGUCUCUAGCAUAUAUACCCCUGUUAAUUACUGUGGCUUGUUUUAGAGCUGAGAAGGGAAUCAACUUCAUUGGCCCUUGAAAUGAACAAAUAAAGGUGAAUACAAUUUUUUUUCUUUUUGCUGAAAAACUGUCAAGAAUGUAUUUGCAGUUGGUUCCUUGCUUAUUUAUUAUUUAUCACGAAAUUACAUAUUUCAGUAUAGCUACAAGUCAGCCAAUCUUGCCAGAUGUUCCAGUUUAAAGAUCUGUUAAGGUGGAGUGAAAUUUUGAACCAUAGCAGUAGAAAUAUUUUUGGUAUCUGUACUUUGAAAAAGAUGCAAUACUUCUGCAUCCUUGCACAAAGGCUUAAGUGGAGUGGAGCUUGAAUUGAAAGAUGUUCCCCUGUCCUGAUGCUUUGUUAUCCUAUAGGUUUGAUCUCAUUAUGAGGGUCCAAGACGUGGCCCUGAAGUAAAGCCUGUAAUGGAAAGUAGUGCUUAGAGGUGGACCAUCAUGCUGAAUCCUGGCCCUGUGCCCAUUCCUGCUUUUGUUCUCCUAUCGUCAGGCACGCCAGGUAUUCUGCUGUAGGAGUUAGUGGGGAGCGAAAGUGAAGGAGGCCUGGCUGAGGGACAGAGCAGAUGGACCCAAGAUACAGUAGUGCCAGUGCACAUCAGCUGGUAGGGUUGUGUAAAUGGUUGCAUUAGAAUAUGAUAGCUACAGUCUAUGGUUUAGUUACUGUGUGCCUGUGGAAGGCAAUCAUAAUAACAUAAUGCUGUGAUACUUAAUUUACUGACUUGAUCCACACAUCACUGACCUUUUCCUCUGAUAUGCAAAUAGAGUUUUUAAAGCUCAUUAAAAAAGCAACUCUUCAUAAUGUGUACCAAAGAUGCAACAUAUGUGGUGUCUGAGCUCAUUACAUUAGAAAUGCCUUGUAAAACUCUUCACAGACUAAUAAAUUUAACUCUUAAACCUUGAAUAUAAUUUCAAAUUGUAAUUACAAAAAUGUAGUUAUAAUUAAAACCUUUUCAGAUUUAUUUUAGCAAUGGGAUUUCUUCUGAGGCCUUGUAUUCUUUCAGAAAUUGGCAUAGAAUAAAGAGAAUUGUUGCAUUCCCAUUUUUCUUAUCAUCUGACAAAUGAAAUGUGUUCUGUGGUCUGUCUGGACACGUGAAAGCUUUGCCAUCAUUUCCAUUUGGAUUUUCGUAUUUGCCUGUACAACUGGUAGAGAAGUUAACCAUUCAGUAAGUAUGUAUCUUUUCACCUUUAGAAAAGUGAAUGUGAGGACUAUUGAGAGACAUCAACCAUCAAGAAUCCUUGCCUGCUUUCUUCUGUUUUCAUGAGUGAAAAAAAAACAAGACAAGUCAACACUUAAAAUGCAGUAUUGCUUAAUGAGCAUGGGUUUUGGACAUUUGAAAGAGUUUUUAGCUGGCAAAUAUUCAAAGCACUGUUAUCCUAUAAAGUGUUGCCUCCUGCAUUCUGGCAGGUCUUUUAAUUAAAGUCUAAACUGAAAUCUUGCUAAGAAUAAUAUAAAACCUUUUUUUUUUUUU